AGGAACGCCAUCACAUUGGAUUUCGCGCAGUUUUACUUUAGAGCGGUGCCAAUUAGUGGCCAACAGCAGCAACAACAGCAGCAGCAACAGCACCAGCAGCUCGUGCAGCAGCAAUUGCUAGCCCAGCAGCAGCAGCAACUGCAGAUACAGCAGCUGCAGCAACAAUUGCUGCUGCAGCGACUCGAGCGUGAGUUGCAGCAGAGUUACUCGUGCCUGCGGCAACGUUGGCUCACCGACUACGCAGCCCCCCAUCAGCAGCACCAGCAGUUCGCCCAGCAGCAGCAGCUCUUUGCGGCCCAGCAGCUGCAGCUGCAGCACCAGCAACUGCAGCAACAGCAGCAGCACCAGCAGCACCAGCAGCAACAACAGCAGCAGCAACAGCAGCAGCAGCAGUACAGCUACUACUUCAGUCGCGGUAGCACCAACACCGAUCUGGGUCUCGGACUGGGCCUGGGCUUCGGUCUGGGCAGCGGCAACCUAGCCAGCUGGUACCAUCUGCCGUCCACAUCGGCGCACAUCUAUAUAGGAACCACCAGCAGCGGCGGUGCACCGGCCAGCGCAGCCUAUCCUCCGUAUCCGUACCGGAGCGUGGGCGGCUAUUCCGGAGGAGGUUAUCCGGCAGCGGCGCUAAUCAACUUCGAUGCCUCGCCGACACCGCUGUUAGCCUCAGCGGGAAGUUCACCCGGCUACUUGCCACCAUUGGCCAUUCCGGCAGCCUUACCACCACCGCCACCAGCGCCGAGUGUAGCCACCGAUUAUUACUUCAGCAGCCGGAGCACACGAACCGUUCCGCCACCGGUGGUACCGCCCACUCCGGCGGCCGUUGCAGCAGCGGCAUCAGCAUCAGCAUCAGUAUCAGCGGUCUCCACCUCGCCGUUCCGGGAGUACGGGAGUGCGGCGGAGGAGCUGCAAGCUGGCUAUCGCUACAAGGCCACGCCCCGCAGGCGGUACGACGCCUACGACAACUACGGCUAUCUGCCUGGCUUUGCCAGCACCACUGAAGACGAGGAGGACCUGCUCGAGGAGUGCCUGCCGCAGGAACUGCUCUCCACGGACUGCUCGAGUCUCGAGGAAUUGCGCUUCUUCCAUCUGCAGGAGGAGGACGAAGACGAGGACGACGAGGAGGUUGCCACGCAGCUGGCGCACAUCCUUGACCUGCCGGAUUUUCUACAUCCCUACGGCGGCAGCGGCCGGGACAGCCUGCACAGCCACAAGACGCCGCCGCAACACGAGUACCAAACGGAGCACGGCUCAGCCGCAGCGGGAGGAGCAGGAUCGGCGGGCACAGACGGUCGGAGUGCUGGUGGUCAGUCGCAGCGUGUCCUUGAGGAGCAGCGAUACCAGCCCUACCAAUACCAGCAACAGCAUCAGCAGCAGCAUCAGCAGCAGCAUCAGCAGCAGCAACAGCAGCAACAUCACCAGCAGCAUCAGCCGAACUUCCCACAGCAACAUCAACACUUCCAGCCGUCGCAGCAGCAACUGCAGCAGCAGUCCUACCACUCGUACCAAUAUCCUUCGCAGGACAGCUGCGAGGGCUUCAACCAAUUCGCCAGCAACGCGGGCAGCUGCCUGGGCAAUCAGAGAAUGAUGGUUAGCAAAUUGUGGAACAGCUGCUUCCCGGAGUUCACCCCGGACCAUGUGCAUCGCCACAACUUUUAUCUGUGCCAGUGGCAACGCAACACGCAGGUGCGCAUCGUUUACCUGUUCUACCGAUGGAUAACGGCCAUCACCUGCCUGGCGGCACUGGUCUGCUCCUUGCUGGACAUCGGGCGCACGGACGAGCACUUUGAGCACCACUACGCCAAGUGGUGGAUCUACCUGACCCACUGGGGACUGCUCUUCUGCACAGUGCAGGCCUGGCUGGCCGCCUGGAUAGUGACCCAGGGCAUGAUGGUGGAGCGCGAGGACUUCGAGAUCGUGCGGCAGGCGAAGAAGAGUCGCCUGCACCACUUGUACUGGGUGCUCUACACCUGUGCCACUGUCUACGCGUUCAUCGUCACCAUGUGCUAUUGGCUUCUGGUCCACAAUCCCGAAAUCCACAAGAUCGAUGCGCUGAACAUAAUGGUGCACGUGCUCAACACGAUUAUAAUGCUCAUCGAUUUGGCCAUAGUGGGGCACCCGAUCAAGAUGAGCCACGCCUACUUCACCACUGGCAUUGGCCUGGCCUACGCCAUAUUCACGGGAAUCUAUUUCUUGGCCGGCGGAACAGACAGGAAAAACCAAACUGCCAUCUACCCGAUGAUGGACUGGACCAAGCCGGGCAAGGCGAUUAUAGUGACGGCCUGUGCGAUCAUCUUUACGUUCUUCGUUCACUUCUGCUGUUACCUCCUUUACCGCGGACGCGUCUGGCUCUUCACCAAGCUGUGCAUCCGCGGACGGCACAAUCGGGAUGGUGAAAUGGGUGAGGGCCUCAACGAUGACUCCGGUUCCCGCAUGGGCGGUGGCGGUGGUGGAGGUUCGGCCGGUGGCGGAGGAGCAGCUGGUGGCUCGGUGGCUGGCGCUGGCGCUGUGGGCAGCAGCCAGGAGUACGCCCAUCAGCAGCAGUAUCCGAUUGCCCACACAGAGCAGCCGCGGGCGGGCAGCCACCAACAGCAGCAGCAGCAGCCGCCGGGCAAUUACCAGCUGCCGCCACAGUACUCCGGAUAUCUGCAACAGCCGGUGGUCGCCGGGGUCAAUGUGGGUGUGAUCAGUGCCGAGGGCGUCUACCAGCCCAUUGGCACGGACACUGGACGCACCAGUGGCGGAGGCGAUGGCAAGCACAAGUCCUCUUCGGGAUCAGCAGCUGGAGCAGGAUCGGGACAGGGACAGGGUCAGGGAUCGGGUUCAGGAUCGGGAUCGGGCUCGGCACUGACGCGCACCGUAGCCCACUUGGAUGCGUCGCAACGGGAGCAGUUCCUCAACCCCAACAAAAUCGUCGAGUACAAGAUGUAAAGGCGUUGCACCCGGCACCGGUAUACGUUCCACUUGUCCAUGAAGUUUCUGGAGAAGCACUGUGCCCAGUGCGAGGCGACGCGCAGCGCCAUCUGCGAGGAGGAGCGCCAUUUGGCAUGAGCACAGUGGUUAGUUUUUAGAUUUGCUUUCGAGACGUCUAGCUUUCGAAUACCUGCCAGGCCAAAUCGAUUGAUCGGGCUCAAAUCAGUAUUGCACAUGGUAUUGCUUUUUUUUUGUGGCAAAGUAGUUUGUAACCGUAGUUUCGUAAUUUUGUAAAAGCUUUGCCAAUCCUUUUUAAAUGUGUAGACGCUUCUCAGUGCGCCGCAUAGCAUGCAUGCAUAUAUAGCACGACAAAGAUUUAGAAAAUUAGAAUUGUUCCUUUAUGCGAAGGAUUACCGUCGAGUGUAUUCAGACUUUUUUUUCGAUGGUAAUCUUUUCGGCAAGUCGUUCCAGCAGUUUAAAACGUUUAAAUGGACUAAGUUGAACAUGAUAUAUACAUUAAGCAAACAACUCACAGUAUUUUAUUUGGAGCUCAGUUAUCUAAUUGAUCGUAAUUAUCGUAAUCAAGCAAUUGUGUUCAAUAACAAAUUAACACACUGUCAGCAAUUAUUUUCGGCCCCAAACUCAAAACGAACCACACAGCUAGAGAGAACCGAGAAAAGAACAUGACAUACUGCCUACAAUGAUUUAAGUUAGGAACUUUUUUAUUAGCUAAGUUAACCAUUUAUCCACACAAAUUUUAUAUAUCGGUGCAGGUGUAAGCCAGUUCGUGCAUCAACAUCCGAGGCAGAGGGAUAAACAAUUAAUAAUUGAUUUAAUUGGGAUGGAAUGGCUCUGUUCAUAGUCUUGGAUUAUUGAGCACAAAGAUGGCAAAUAGAAUUGGCAGUUUUUUAAAGGAGCUAAAAGGCGCCGAACAAGGAGUAUGUAGAGCAAACAACAUUAAUUUUAGGAUACGCUUGGCAUUGGUUUGCUUAGUAAUUAGUGAAUUGAUAACAUAAAAUACGUUUCUUUAUAUGAAUAUUUUCCCAGCAAGCUCAGUCGCUGCUAGAACACUCUAAUAAACCUUAUUCUAGAAAGCACGACGUAAAGUAUUACGAUUAACAAUAUCAGAAAUAAAUAUUUUAGCAUACGAUGUUGAAAAAUAUAUUGCAAAACGUUUUACUUUUGACUCGAAUCCAAAUACGUACCCUACAAAAACCCGACGUCUUGCUUUUGUUGGUUUCUGCGAGUAUGUGACUUGAAGAGCUACUAAAUACUGAAAACAGUGACUAGAUUUAUUACCAGACGGAAACCUAUACGAGUAUAUGUAAAUAGUUGAUUUCGUUUAUGUUGAUCGACUUCUAUCUAUAUUCAAAAUGCAUAGCAAAAAUUUAGGAAUCUGGUGAGGAAAAUGUCGGUUCCCGUGAAAAGGUAUAGCCACCUUAAGUAAAAAUUCAGAAACAGCAAUGAAAAAUACAAAUGAAAUCAAAUGCAUUGAAUAAAACUCGUCAAGAGGAAUGUGUUAACAAGCUAAAGCAAAACAAGAAAACAAAUAUAAACAAAUAUAUAUAAAUAAAUAUACAGAAGCGAAUGCAGAGCAAAUAGCAUGCCCAAACUAUACCUACAUUAUUGAAUAAAGAUGUAAGACAUAAUAGCGAGGUAAAGUAAACAACCAUUAAUUUUUGAUAGAUUUACAUAAAUUAAACACUUUCUCCUAAAUAAAACAGAUCAUCCACAAGGUA